CAGAUAUUUUAUCCAAUAAAUGUUUCUCCAAAAGGUAUGCAUUUCACAGCGCUACCAAUAUAUCAUGGUUUGAACUUCUGUUUACAGGAAAGAUUUUACUCAAACAAAAGCGGUAUGUAUAGUGAGGAUUCCACUGGUUACAAUAGCGACCUCCUCACAAAUACCUCAGUGGACUUAAACACGUCAUCUGACACUCUGCUAUUCCGGCCGUUCAGACUCCCGCUCGCUCAUACAUCACCUACAUGGGCAACGGUUGCGAAAGGAAAUGGAGAGCAAGUCUUUCAUCGCUCAAUGAGUCCCGGCACUUUCCUAAGUGCAACAGACGAUGGUUACGUCUCCAAUGGAUAUUUCAGUUCUUUAGACAGGGACUCCUCAACAACUCCAGACCAGUUCCGAAUGAUAGGCUUACAGAACACGGUCCAUGACAAUACGACAGAACCGUUUGUAUACAUGCAGAAAAGUACUGAAUAUGUCGGGAAACCCACUGGAUACUUUCUUUCUCCACAAAGACGAGACGAAUAUAUACGCUCCUCCACAGAUAUACGACAAAUGCCAGAAAAAACAUACGGAAAAACUCAGACGCGUAGGAAGAGGUUGCCAACAGAUAUUUGCCCAUCUCAUAUGAAGGAAGAGUGGGACAAUACGUCCCUUAGUACAGAAACGUGGGAAUACUUUCUCGAGGAGGAUGAGAAUCUGACAAAACGUAUUCCGGUGACCGGGUAUAAAGAUCCAAACAGUCAAGAAGAAGCACACAACGAGGAAUUAAAUAUGAACACUGAACCCAAGACGAUGGCAGAUCGCUCUGUCUCAAAGAAACAAAAGAGAUUUUCUAUUCCCAGUUGCUUCAAAAGUUGUCUAUUUUGUUGGGUCGAAGUACCGGAUACGGACCAGGAAAAUUCCAUCAUUAUCAGCGACAACUUCAGAGAGAGACAAGAUUCAGGACCGAGUUCCGGUAAUUCGACCGCUUCAACAGAUGUACCAGGACGUACGGCUCGAUUGACUUCUGGCAUUAGAGUCUCCUCCCCCGACAGAGGAUUACGAAUUGGAUAUGAUACUGACAAUAGCAACGACGAAUUAGAGGAAACACUUGUGUGAAAAUCAAAAUAUAAGGUUUUAGAAAUCUUACGUUAGCGAUUUAUUCAUUUUUGUUUGCAAUAAUAUCCUUUAUCUUUUUUUUCAGUUUUGAAAUCUUUU